AUGAACAGAAACCGAAUCCGGAUUUUAUGGUUUAAGUCAGAUUAUUUGGAUCAGUAUGCUAUGGUGCUUUCUGAUUUUUUCCACCCCUAUUUAAUCGAUUAUCUGUACAUGCUAAGCAUUAUUUUGUUUGCGUUAUAUAUUUCUUCCCGUAAUUAUUUCGAUGUAGGCAACAUUUUCCAAACCAAAAAUGCACCCUUUCUUGAAUGUCGACGCCCUUCCUCCGUUAAAAAGGGAAAAUAUUCUACUGAAAGGCGCAUCGUGUCUUCUAGUACGACUAGAGAGUCUCUACGAAUUACUUCCGUUUAA